GAUAAGAAGGUAACUGGGCUUCCAGCUACUGUCAAAUCCGCUAAAAAUUAUGCAAGUCGAUAUUUGUCGGAAAACGUUAAUGCUCCAAAUGCUAAAACCGUUACUUCUGCGGACAAUUUUGUCGACGAUGCGGCUGUUUAUAUCAUUGCUGGUGAUGACUGGACAAGCAUGCAGUCACUAGCUGAGACUGUUUUGUCUAAACUUGGAAACAAGUACACCGCUGUCAUCACAGCAACCGAAGCUGUUUCCGCCACUUUGCAAAGGGACAAACGUGUGACUACAUCUGAUAUGGAGCAGAACGAUGCUAAUCCAUCUGGAACACCAGGCAACGCGGGACCCGAUCUUGACUUGCCCGUGACGCUGCCACCAUAUAAUAGGACUAGUUAUCCCGAUGUUAAGCCUGGGCUACCUGAUCUCGGCUCAUGCAUGCUCUAUCUCGAAGGUGUUAACAUUGUUGUACAAAAUGGAAAGCAGUUUGUUUCAGUACCAGUCCGAUCCCUGACGAAUACUACAUCUUGGAGUUACGCUGACGGAGAUGUAAAAUGUAACAACGCUACAAAUGGGACUUAUUCGUUCACUGUGCGGCUGAAGCUAAAGGGCGAUGUCAUGGAUGAUAAGCAACGCGUUAAGAUUACCAGUGGAAGCCAGAUACAGUUUAAGUAA